UUUGGCUCAAGUGCACUUGAAUGGCAAGCUGAAGGCGGAUCCGCUGAUCUUUGAAAAUGGUGGCUGCAACACAAGGGAUUGAGCAAGACACAUUUUUUGAGUUUAAUCCCUCAGCUCCUGUGUUCAAUCCUACGCAGUUUCCAGAUGAGCGGUACCAAGUCUCGCCACAGCUAACCCCACUACAUCCAGUCACAUUGGAUGAAGAAGCUUGUCAAUCGGUCGGAAUGGUGACCUGCGGAUUGGAAAGAGACGGCCAGGAUGAUCUGGGUUUGAGAGCAGCGAGCUGCUCGCCCCAACUGAUGGCCUGCCGUUCCAAUGUUCGCCAAUCACAACGCCGGAAGCAACCUGGGCGGAGGAGCUGUGCGACUGCCCCUGCCUCACCGUUGCUAAAUCCUGAUGGGAAAGGCAAAGCAGUUCCCAAUCGUAGAGCAAGUGGUGAAGAGGUGUCGACUCUUGUAAUCAAAAACCUUGCCCUGGACUUCCGGAAGGAGGAUGUGGAAAGAUACCUACAAAGCCAAGGGGCUCAAGCAGCGGAGGUAGAACUUCAUGUUGAUCCUGCUAGUGGCUCAUUCCGAGGUACAGUCUUUGUGAAGUAUACCACGUCCGGAAAGGCUCGGGAGGCUUUGCAAAAGCUUGGACCAUCACCGGAAAUUGGCGGCCGAAAGGCAAGGGUCGAGGUGCAGAAGUCCAAGAAUCUCUUUGGCCGAAAAAGUGCGGGGGGAGACUUGCCGCAGGAGUUGGCAAUAGUGCAAAGGGAGAUAGACAAGUUCUUGAAAGACUCCGAGAAGGAGGUUUGCUUGUCCGCAGCACUUGAUGCCCAUCAGCGCAAGUACGUGUACUUGAGCAAAAGCCGGUCAAGCCAAGUGUCUGGUACCCGAAAAAAGGCAUUUUCCAUGGACGUCCGGAGUACGCCUCAGCUGGGCGCAACAGGAGGCAUGGCAGCCAUGGGCGAUGUCAUGGGCUAUGAGGCUCAUCAGCCUCACCCUCGAAGUUGCUAUGCCGGUCCAUUGUCGCCUCCUGGUCUGUUUCCGGGUCUAGAUCUUGGUACACCAUUGCUGGGCCCAGACAUCCUUGCUGCGUCCGCAGCUGACGAAGCUGGCAUGUUCAUGCUCCCAGCUGCGAUGCCCCUUCCCCCGGGGAUUGAGCCGAACGGAAUCUCCGGAUUGACGCCCAUGUGGGCAAGAGAACUUUGUGGGCAUGGCCCGGCGGAAACUACGGAUCCUCCCCCAGGUUUAGAGUUUCAAGGCUUGGCUGAACUUGCAGAAGGGCUGUGCAACGACUUGGUGGCAGCAGAUCAAGAGGAUUUGUACCUGGACCUGAAAUAUGUUGCCUGCCCAGAGUCGACCAUGUCUACUGAGGACAGCCUCUCCAAACGGAGCAAUGAGACCGACAAGAGCUAAUGAUCGAGAUGCAGCCGUGGACCGCGGCAGUCCCCGGGAGUUUUUUUUGGUGA